UGUCUGUCUCUCUCUCAGUGUCUGUCUCUCUCAGUGUGUGUCUCUGUCUGUCUCUCUCUCAGUGUCUGUCUCUCUCAGUGUCUCUCUCUCAGUGUCUGUCUCUCUCAGUGUCUGUCUCUCUCUCAGUGUCUGUCUCUCUCAGUGUCUGUCUCUCUCUCAGUGUGUGUCUCUCUCAGUGUCUGUCUCUCUCUCAGUGUCUGUCUCUCUCAGUGUGUGUCUCUGUCUGUCUCUCUCAGUGUCUGUCUCUCUCAGUGUCUGUCUCUCUCAGUGUGUGCAGAGCCCAGUGAGGAGUUCUCUCUCAUUGCUGGCAGAGCUGUUCCCUCCUCCCACGUUGAUUGGCUGAGCAGACUGUGUGCUCAAAUGCUGUGCUGUGAUUGGCUACAGCCAGUUAAAGGGAGCCCUAUUUAAAGCAGUAGCUCCAGCAGAGUUUGUUACAGAGCUGGAGGUGGGAGCAGCCAACAGACUGAGAGAGACAGCCAGACAGCCUGAGAGCUUGUCACAGAGCUGGGAGCAGCCAGAGACAGACAGACAGACAGACAGCCUGAGAGCUUGUCACAGAGCUGGGAGCAGCCAGUAGACAGAGACAGACAGGCUCAGAGAGAGAGAGUGCUGGUCCCAGCUGGGAGAUUAACCCUGUGUGCCUGUGAUUUACCCUGUGCAGGGGAGAAUUUGCCUGCAGUGUUGAUGAACUCUGCUCUUCUGUGAGAGCAAGCUGUGCCCAGACUGUGCCCACCAGUCCCUUCACCCAGAUUUACAUGAAUCUCCUGGACCCCUUCAUGAAGAUGACUGAUGAGCAAGAUAAGUGUAUGUCAGAGGCUCCUAGCCCCAGCAUGUCUGAGGACUCUGCAGCCUCCCCCUGCCCUUCUGGAUCAGGAUCAGACACUGAGAACACCAGACCCCAGGAAAACACCUUCCCCAAGGGGGACCAGGACAUGAAGAAGGAGACAGAGGAUGAGAAGUUCCCAGUUUGUAUCAGAGAAGCUGUGAGCCAAGUACUCAAGGGAUAUGACUGGACUCUGGUCCCCAUGCCAGUCAGGGUCAAUGGCUCCAACAAGAGCAAGCCCCAUGUCAAGAGACCCAUGAAUGCCUUCAUGGUGUGGGCACAAGCAGCCAGGAGGAAGCUAGCAGACCAGUACCCACACCUGCACAAUGCUGAGCUCAGCAAAACCCUGGGCAAGCUGUGGAGGUAAGUGUUCCCACUCUGUAUACUGCUUGCUCUGUGGGAGCUACUGCUUUCUGGGCUGGCUUUGCCAAGGCUGUAAUAUAAAAUACUGCCUGCUUACUGACUUUGCCAGGGCUGCCUGUAAUAUAAAAUACUGCCCGCAUACUGACUUUGCCAGGGCUGCCUGUAAUAUAAAAUACUGCCUGCUUACUGACUUUGCCAGGGCUGUAAUAUAAAAUACUGCCUGCUUACUGACUUUGCCAGGGCUGUAAUAUAAAAUACUGCCCGCUUACUGACUUUGCCAGGGCUGUAAUAUAAAAUACUGCCCGCUUACUGACUUUGUCAGGGCUGUAAUAUACAAUACUGCCUGCAUGCUGGCUUUGCCAGGGAUGUAAUAUACAAUACUGCCUGCAUGCUGACUUUGCCAGGGCUGUAAUAUAAAAUACUGCCCGCUUACUGACUUUGCCAGGGAUGUAAUAUAAAAUACUGCCUGCUUACUGACUUUGCCAGGGCUGUAAUAUAAAAUACUGCCCGCUUACUGACUUUGCCAGGGCUGUAAUAUACAAUACUGCCUGCAUGCUGACUUUGUCAGGGCUGUAAUAUACAAUACUGCCUGCAUGCUGGCUUUGCCAGGGCUGUAAUAUACAAUACUGCCUGCAUGCUGACUUUGUCAGGGCUGUAAUAUACAAUACUGCCUGCAUGCUGACUUUGUCAGGGCUGUAAUAUACAAUACUGCCCGCAUGCUGACUUUGCCAAGGCUGUAAUAUACAAUACUGCCCGCAUGCUGGCUUUGCCAGGGCUGUAAUAUACAAUACUGCCUGCAUGCUGGCUUUGCCAGGGCUGUAAUAUAAAAUACUGACUUUGCCAUGGCUGUAAUAUACAAUACUGCCUGCAUGCUGGCUUUGCCAGGGCUGUAAUAUACAAUACUGACUUUGCCAGAGCUGUAAUAUACAAUACUGCCUGCACACAGUGAUGCUUGAUUUGCUUUGCAGCUAGUUGGAGGCUCUUUUUGGGUAGGAGGGGAGGGGGUCCUGUGGUCCUUCUGGUAAUAUACCUGUUGCUAUCUUACAGCCCCUUCUCAGGCUUCCCUAAAUAGAGGCUGAAGGUAUAGACCCUCUGGUUAUGGGUUAUGGUCCCCUCUGAUAACACUUGGAGAGGUUCCAAUUAGACUGGUGGGUGCACUAUUUCUUAUCUCAGUAUAAAACUCUGGUACUGGAUGCAAUGUGUCCCAGGGAUGAAAAUUUCAUAUUUAAAGUUGAAUUUCAAAUUCUAACCUAGUUUAUGAAAUUUAGAAAAAAUAGAUGCAUGCAAAUUCUCUGAAAGCGCCUUGUUAUAACCUUUUUUUGCAAGGUGCUGACGUCUGCAGCACUUGACAGGUUAAUCCCAACUAAAAUCAGAUUCCCUAUAUUAAAGUUAAUAUUUACUGUCUGACAUGUGACAUGACCAUUAAAAUUGGCAUUGUUCUGGCGUGACAUUUAAUGUACCCACGUGCAAUUACAUUUAGAUUUGCCUUUAACUGAUUCAUUGCUAAAAAGACCAAACUAGUUCAACUCCAAGUUUAACCCUUGGAUUGAUGGCAGUCGCUUGGCAGCUGCAGGGUUCAGAUAGAAGUUAUCGCCUGUGGGGUGGUGAGAUUUCUGCUUUAUUGGCAGUAAAGGGAUUGCUCAAACCACUUCAAAGGAGCCGGUCUCCCUUUAUCUGAUAGUUGAAAAGCUCCCUGCACUGUAAAAUUCGAUUUGUAUGGCUCAAAGGGUAUUAUGGCUUUUUUCCAUUUUUCCUCAUACCUUUAAGCCAAGUUGCUAGAGACUGGCAGAGCUGGUAAGGUAUGGGCUUUGCGUUGUCGUUCGCCUGGUUACAAUACAUUUUAGGCGUUGGUACCAGGGUUUAUCAUUACUGUCACAGUACGGUGCCUAGUAACACUAUAGAUUGUGGCGUUUAGAAUUCUAACCCCUGUAGACACACGUAUCAUCACAUAAAGUGAGUUGUGGUGUAUUGACAAAUGACCCGCGAUUUUGGAGGUAUUUCUCUUUUCCAAAUUUGGUAUACUGUUUUAUUUUCAUUUGCUGUUACCUUGCCUCAAUACUAGUUAGUAAACAGGUCUCAGCAAUAAAAGGCGAUGAGAUUGGCCAUGUGUUACUGAAAUUCCUGGAUGUCGCCUGUUUAUAUCGUUUGUGUUUGGGUCAGGUACUCGGUACAGGAGACUGACUUUCUCUUUGAUUUAUUAUUUUUUAGGCUUUUGAAUGAGAGCGAGAAACGUCCUUUUGUAGAGGAAGCAGAGAGACUACGAAUUCAGCACAAGAAAGAUCAUCCAGAUUACAAGUACCAACCACGCAGGAGGAAGUCUGUGAAAAACGGGCAGAAUGAGCAAGACGAUGGCUCAGAGCAAACGCACAUCUCUCCCAAUGCCAUCUUCAAAGCCUUACAAGCCGACUCCCCACACUCUGCAUCCAGUAUGAGUGAAGUUCAUUCCCCAGGCGAACACUCAGGUAUGCACAACAUACCCCUUUUAUCCUUAACAUUGCUGAGGUCAGGCUAGCUGAGUUUCAUGGGCAGAAAAUAACUGUUCUGCACGCUCAGCCAUGAUGCUUUGCUUUUUGUGGUUUUAGUAACUGUUGAUAAAUAUGGGCAUCACGGUGCCAUCAGACGUGGCAUAAUGAUUUCAUGUAGCUCAGCAGAUGCACAGUGAGAGGGGCAUCGCAGUGCCAUCAGGCGUGGCAUAAUGAUUUCAUGUAGCUCAGCAGAUGCACAGUGAAAGGGGCAUUGCAGUGCCAUCAGACGUGGUGUAGUGAUUUAAUGUAGCACAGCAGGCACGCACUGAGAGAGGGGCAUUGCAGUGCCAUCAGACAUAGUGUAGUGAUUUAAUGUAGCACAGCAGGCGCGCACUGAGAGAGGGGCAUUGCAGUGCAAUCAGACGUGGCGUAGUGAUUUAAUGUAGCGCAGCAGGCAUGCACUGAGAGAGGGGCAUUGCAGUGCCAUCAGACGUGGCAUAAUGAUUUCAUGUAGCACAGCAGGCACGCACUGAGAGAGGGGCAUUGCAAUGCCAUCAGAUGUGGUGUAGUGAUUUAAUGUAGCGCAGCAGGCGCGCACUGAGAGAGGGGCAUUGCAGUGCCAUCAGACGUGGUGUAGUGAUUUAAUGUAGCGCAGCAGGCAUGCACUGAGAGAGGGGCAUUGCAGUGCCAUCAGACGUUGUGUAGUGAUUUAAUGUAGCGCAGCAGGCGCGCACUGAGAGAGGGGCAUUGCAGUGCCAUCAGACGUGGUGUAGUGAUUUAAUGUAGCGCAGCAGGCGCGCACUGAGAGAGGGGCAUUGCAGUGCCAUCAGACGUGGUGUAGUGAUUUAAUGUAGCGCAGCAGGCGCGCACUGAGAGAGGGGCAUUGCAGUGCCAUGAGACGUUGUGUAGUGAUUUAAUGUAGCGCAGCAGGCGUGCACUGAGAGAGGGGCAUUGCAGUGCCAUCAGACGUUGUGUAGUGAUUUAAUGUAGCGCAGCAGGCGUGCACUGAGAGAGGGGCAUUGCAGUGCCAUGAGACGUUGUGUAGUGAUUUAAUGUAGCGCAGCAGGCGCGCACUGAGAGAGGGGCAUUGCAGUGCCAUAAGACGUUGUGUAGUGAUUUAAUGUAGCGCAGCAGGCAUGCACUGAGAGAGGGGCAUUGCAGUGCCAUCAGACGUGGUGUAGUGAUUUAAUGUAGCGCAGCAGGCGCGCACUGAGAGAGGGGCAUCGCAGUGCCAUCAGACGUGGCGUAGCGAUUUAAUGUAGCGCAGCAGGCACGCACUGAGAGAGGUGUCCCUGGCGUUUGCAUUACAUUUGUGUCUUGCGAGAGUGCCAGCUUCCUAAUUUAUUAAUGUUUGCUCAUUGUUUGUGUGCCAUACUAGUGUCUUGGCACUAAGCCUAGCAACACUCCACCUGCUUGGUACGUUGAGUAAACAGGUCUCGAGUCCUUCCCCUUGAUAUGACUGUGCAGAUAACUAAGGUUAAUGCGGUACUAGCUGAUUUAAGGUACAUGCCAAGUUAAUCAUUUCCAAAACAGAGGUAUAAAGUUAGACAUAUUAUAUUAGUUAAUGUAACAUAUAUCUAAUAUUAUUAUUAUACAGUAUGGUAUUUAAGAAUUCCAUUGCUAUAUUUACAUAUAUAUCUAUGUAUUUUAAUACUUGAUUAUUAUAAUAACGUAAGUAAGAUAUAAUAACAGCAUUGUAAUUUUUCUGUUAUUUGACUUUCUCCUGCAGGUCAAUCACAAGGCCCCCCAACUCCACCGACCACCCCUAAAACUGAUGUGCAGCCAGGAAAGCCUGACUUGAAACGAGAGGGGCGCCCUAUGCAGGAGACAGGCAGGCAACCACCACAUAUCGACUUCCGUGAUGUGGACAUUGGAGAGCUAAGUAGUGAAGUCAUCUCAAACAUUGAGGCCUUCGAUGUCAAUGAGUUUGACCAAUAUCUUCCCCCAAACGGUCAUCCAGGUGUUGCUUCUACCCAGGUGACUUACACAGGCAGCUACGGCAUCAGCAGUGCUUCCAGUGCCACUACUGGAGCUGGGCACGCUUGGCUGUCCAAACAACAGCAACCACAGCAGCCACCACAGCCACAGCAACACACGUUGUCAACACUAAGCAGUGAGCAGAGCCAGUCCCAGCAGAGGACACACAUCAAAACUGAACAGCUGAGCCCCAGUCAUUACAGUGACCAACACCAGCAACACUCCCCGCAACAGCUCAGUUACAGCUCCUUCAACCUGCAGCAUUACGGUUCUUCCUACCCAACAAUCACACGCUCACAGUAUGAUUAUACCGAACAACAGAGCUCCAACUCCUAUUACAGCCAUGCAGCUGGCCAGAGCUCCAACCUCUACUCCACCUUCAGUUACAUGAAUUCCAGCCAGCGACCCAUGUACACUCCUAUUGCAGACAAUACGGGGGUCCCAUCUAUCCCCCAAACACACAGCCCACAACAUUGGGAACAGCCUGUGUACACACAGCUUACCAGACCCUAGGCUGUAAGCAAGACAUUUACUUUUCUACAUCUACCACCCUCCAGGACACAGGUGGCGCCCUCUGCUGGCAACCAGUGAGAAUGGGUGGAACUUUUGAUAAAGGACUUAUCUGUAUACACAGAGGGGGCAGCAGGAAUAACUCCAGACAAGCAAUUAAAAUGUGCUGUUCAGUGGACUUUGCAAUUAGGUUUUUUUUUUGUUUUGUUUUUUUGAGCCAUAAAUGGGGGGGAAAAAAAUAAAAGAGCAGAUCCUCUGUGAGGACUAUUUUCUAUUUGCAAAUAUUCUAGUAUGUACUGUGUAUGUUUCAUUACCUUUUUUGGGGGGGGCGGGGGUUUAUACAUUUAUAUUUUAGAAAAGAAAUGUUUAAAAAAAGUAUUUUUUUUCCAACUUCUUAAAUAGGUCUUAGUGAAAAUAUACAUCCUCUGCUUUUCUUACAAUUAAAAGUAUUUUUUUAACAGAUAGAAAACAAUCUAUUCUUGUGUAAAAUUUGGAUCACAUCACCAGAUCUAUAUAUUGUGUAUCAAAUGGUGUUUCCUUAAGACCAGAUCGGCCUUUUUUAUAACAGUUUUCUAUGCAGUAUUUCUGCAGCACUGCAUUGUGAAUACCAAAGUGCCAAUAUCAGAAUUGCAGUGAAAUUCACACGUUGCCUGACACUAUAUGGUUUUAUUACCAGCCUGUAAACAAGUGCUCUUGCUGUCUUGGACUUGCAGAAGGAAAGUGGGUUAAAAUUCCCAAAAGAUUCUGAAAAAAAUGGAAGAAAAAUCUUAAAUUAUUUAUUUUAUAAAAAAUAUGGAAAAAAAAGAAAUAAAAAAAAGCUAUGGAAAUAUUCCCAAUCUUUUUAGUUUUUAUUUUGUAAAAAGUAAAUAUAUUAGCAUGCUGCUGAUUCCACUCUUGGAAAAAAUGCUUUUUGUUGUUGUUAAUUUAUGGGUUUUUAUUAUUUUAUUGUCUUGCAUUCCAUUUUCUUUUCUUCUUCAUUUUUAACCCUAAAUUCCUUCUCUCAGUCUUUGAAAAAUACAUGGUUAAUGAGGAUAACAUCCAUUAAUCUGGAUAAUGUAGUGGGAAAUAAAUGCAGAAAUAUCUUUUAUUUUUUUUUAUUUUUUUUUUAACAAAUCUAAGAAAGAGGAUAUAUUCUGUUUAAGUUGAAAAAAAUAGAUCUGACUUUUACGACCAUUUUAUAUCUCUUUAAAAAAAAGACAAGUACUUUUAAACGCCUCAAUUUUAAUUUUAAUUGUAAUUUUUUUUUUCAAUAAGGUAAACGGUUAAAUUACACCUUGAUGUUUUACCUUUUCGGUGAGAUAACCGAUUAAAUAUAUAUCUCUACAAUAAGAAACCAUGGUGCACUAUGAUAACUGUCAACAUAAAACAGUUUGACUUUAGCAAACAGUUUAACUUUUGCUUAAAAAGGAAUAAUUUUGGUUUUAAUGUGUUUUUUUUUUUUUUUUUUUUAAAUAUUAAUUUGUCCAAGUUGCGCUACCAUCGAGCACUCCUUAACUGCUGCCUUUGUUACAAAGAGCAAGCCUUAAAUUUUCCUUUUAAUGAAAGAAAGACGUACAGGAGAUUGACUUUAGAAUGUCACCCGCUCCAUUAGAUUCCUUUGUUCAUCUGAAUGUUAUUUUUGUUUUGUUUUUUCUUUAUCUUUUUGCAACUUAUUGUAUGUGUUAUUUGUUCUCAAUAAAUAUAAUACAUUGUACUAAACCAGCACUGGAGUUGACUUGUGUUGGCAAUUUAAUAAAGUAUAAGAAAUAAAAUCUUCUGUGUGAC